UUGGACAAUGCAGAUGAACAAGCAGCCCAAGUCAGGCGAGAGCUGGAUGGUAGACUCCACAAUGUAGAAAUGAUGGCCAGAACCCAUCGCCAUCCCAAAUUUGUGGUGAAGGAAAUGGAAAGCAUGUAUUUAGAGGAGUUGAAGUCUUCCAUCAACAUUCUCAAGUCCAACCUGGAGAGUCUACCUGUCUCAAAGGGGGGAACUGACUCUAAAUACUCUCUCCAGAAACUUAAGAGAUACAACAG